AACUAGGACUGAUAAAUAUAGAUAUUUAUUAUCAUUAUAUUCUUUCAGAAUAUAAUAUGAAGAGUUACGCAAGUAAAACGCCACGACCGAUAAGGACUGCGUAAAUAGUCAAGAUCCACGAUUUUGCUUUAGUUAUAAAUCGAGAAGAUGAUACAGUGGUCUCUGGCUGUUAUUGCCUUUAUAGGCAUUUUAGCCUCGGCGAAUGGAUACUGUGUUAAGCAUACAGUAAAUCACAAUGAUACGCAGUACAGACAUUACAUUUGUUUCCGGAGUACGGAUUAUCGAGAAAGUCUCGCAAGAAUCAGCGCAGAUCAGCCAACAGGGGUGAUGUUCAAAUUUUAUCCAGUACCGAAGAUCAUCAAUGGGUCUUUCGAAAGUCACAAAGGCAUCUUGAUUGAUCUCGGAUUCCAGCGUUGCGAAGUAACCGAAAUAGACGAUCAUGCAUUUAAAGGUCUGAUCAACCUCAAGAUGCUGAUGCUGGACAAGAAUAAUUUACAGACUUUGAAAGCUGUUUGGUUCGAAAGUCUCACAAACCUCAAUACUUUAUCUGUCACCGAAAAUCAAUUGCAAGUGCUCGAUCCUGAAGUCUUCGUAAAUGUUCCUAAUCUAGUGAUGCUCAAUAUUGGUGAUAAUAAGCUGCAAUGCUUAGACAUGCCAAAAUUCCGAGCUCUGACGCAUCUGAAAUACGUUGGUUUGGAUUUCAACAAGUGGACCUGGAAGUGCCGUGCACAGCUUACCGAGUUCUUGAACAAUCUAACAGAUGCCAAAAAAUUAACCAGGUACAUAACCUGCAAGAAGUGCUACAAUGUUUACAAGGAAUGCGCUGCUGAUCAAUCAUUUGAUGAUGUUAAUGAAACUACUUUUAAUGCGUGCGCUGAUGAGAAGAUGGAUAAAUUGGUAAUUCAGGAAAAUACUAAGGAUUGCGACGAUUAAGAAAUUUUUAUCAUAAUUAUACAUAUAUUUUCAAUUUAUAUACAUAAAUUAUACUGUUGUAAAGAUCAACGUCCCAGACCAAUUAAAGGAUAAUGUAUCCUGCAUGAAAAAUAAUGAAAGUUUUGUACAACCAA